GUGAACGGUGUCAUUUAAGAGCCAAGCGUCACCGGUGCUUGAAAGCUAUUAAACAUGAAGUGCAACUUGGCAGGGUGUGACUCCUCGGUGAUUCCAACAAAACCUGUGUGACAACUUGGGCUUUGGUGAUUUUUAUUUCAUUUUUUUUUUCCUGCUGCCGCUGCGCGUCACUGAGUCAUUUGGCUGUGAGAACGCAAGCACUGCUGUCUCUUCUGACCAGGCGUUUCAGAGUAUCUCCGCAAAAGACAGGAUCAAUCCCAUUGCUAGCCGAGUGUCCAGAUUCAGAUUUGAGCUGAAAACCAGAAGACAGAAGGUCUUUCCCGACCAGCUAUAAUCAUCAGUGAGGAUGCUACAAGUGUUAGCAGAAUGGUUUUGGUGGGAGAGACUGUGGUUUCCAGCAAACGUGACUUGGUCGGAUUUUGAUGACGACAAAGGCCAUACCUAUGCUAAGGUGUCCCACCUGUACGUCACAUUGCCAUAUGCCGUAGUGUUUAUGGUAUUGAGAUACUUUUUUGAACAGUAUGUGGCGGCACCCUUAGGGAAAGCAGUUGGAAUUAAAGAUGCUGUAAGAAGAAAAGCUGCCGAUAAUCCUUUACUGGAGAGGUACUACAGCAGUCGCUCGAAAAUGCCCUCACAGUCGGAUAUUGAAGGGCUAUCAAAAAAGAGCAGCUGCACAGUGAGGCAAGUGGAGCGGUGGUUUAGAAGAAGACGAAACCAAGACCGGCCAGGACUGCUGAAGAAGUUCAAGGAAGCAUGCUGGAGGUUUGCAUUUUACCUUUUGGCAUUUGUUGGAGGAAUAGUCGCGCUGUAUGACAAACCCUGGUUUUAUGAUACUGAUGAAGUAUGGAAGCAUUAUCCCCUUCAGUCUAUGAUGCCAUCCCAGUACUGGUAUUAUGUGAUUGAGAUGAGUUUUUACUGGUCCCUCUGUUUCAGCAUCGCUUUUGAUGUAAAAAGAAAGGACUUUAAGGAGCAGAUCAUCCACCAUUUGGCAACCAUUAUACUGCUGAGCUUUUCCUGGUGUGCCAAUUACGCCCGUAUAGGGACCUUAGUUAUGAUCACCCACGAUGCCUCAGACAUCUUGCUGGAGUCUGCCAAGCUUUUCCAUUACGCCGGAUGGAAGGACAUCUGCGAUGCCAUCUUCGUCUGCUUUGCUGUUGUGUUUAUUGUCACAAGACUGGUGAUAUUUCCAUUUUGGCUUAUCCACUGUACUUGGUUCGGUCCCCUCAAAUAUUACCCACCGUUUUUUGGAUAUUACUUUUUCAACUUAAUGCUGCUGGUUCUGCAAUGUCUACACAUUUAUUGGGCCUUCCUAAUCCUUCGGAUGGUGCAGAAAUUCAUUUCGGGAAAUCUUGAGAAAGAUGAAAGGAGUGAUGAGGAAGAAGAUGAUGACGACACCACAGAUGAAGAUGAACAUCAGCACAAAGUAAAUGGCUUAAUAAAUAAAGAAUGUGCCACCGCCAGUGGUCCAUGUGAUCACUGACAGCAAGAAAUAGCCGUGCUGCUUGCCGUCUGGACUUCAGGCCCCACUGCACUGGGCGGGCAGCAGACUGACUGAAAUAAAUAAGAAAUGGAUUAUUUAAAUGUGACAUGCAGCCCCUGGGACUGGGGGCAGAGGCCAGAAUUUUGAAAAAUUCAAAGAACAUGACAUUCAGAAUGUGAAAGCGGGGAUGUAGGCAUCGUUAUUAUAAAACACGGGCGCGCCGAUCAAAUUUUCAGCACAGGCGUCAAGAAACAAGUCGAGCAAUUGGACGAUCCAUGAGAGAGAAGAUUCGUGUCCUGCAUGUCGUAAUAUUUACAACUGGGUGAUAACAUUUUGCUCUCUACAUUCAAUAACGUAGUCUGCAAUAGAGGAGAUCAUUCAUCUUCAUUGGAUCGCCUACCAGACUACCAAGGUAAGCAGCUCACACAAAUCUUUAUACAGCAGCGUAGCACAACACCGAGAACUUCUUGACAUUAUCGGAGCAUUACGGCUAACCAGGGUACUUUUACUGUUAUCUACGUUCCAUAUCGCAGCUGACUGCAGAGGAUGUAAAGGACGUUCUUCAUCUUUUAUCGUAUCCCCUUGCAGACUACCAACGUAACCAGAACCCACAAAUCCUUAUGAAGCAGCCUAGUAGAACACGUUACGUCAUAAACAUUGAGAAUUUUUAAUGGAGAACAUCACUACUACAGUAUUUACGUUCAAUAAUGCUGCUGACCACAAAGGGCACAAGGAGGUCCAAAAGUCCACAGUUAACUAACGGGCGCAAACGUCUGAAUUACAGCAGUCCAGUGGUGAGCAUUACGACUCCCAUGGAGAGCGAGGUCUGCUGGUCAUGAGGUCCUGAAGGAUGAAGGGUUUUCCAGCCAAAGAUACAACAACGCUGCACAAUUCCAACACCGUAACGUCUGCCAGUGUCAGACAGACACUGAGACCACAACCCCAGAGUGUGUUACAGGAAAUGAGGCGUCAGUCACUUGGGACACACCAACUGGACAUCUUUAGUAAAGAAACAAGGGACAGACAGAGCCUGAAUGACGGGUUUCAGUCCCAAGUGACGACCCGGUGCUGAGAUCAGAGAGAAAACUGAAGAUACAUAAAAAGAUACGCAAAACUGGGCCAAAGGUGCUGAAACGCACCGGGCUACUUCUAAGGAAACUUCCAGGUCCAUCUUGACAUAACCUCUGUGAAUGUAUAGUAGAUGUUGCACUGCAGUCCUGUUAUUUCAUUCCACUGCAUGCUGCAAAACGGUGUAUGGGAGAGUAUGGCUGGCACGACAAAAAAAAACCACUUGACCUGACGAGACUUGAAAAAGGAGGCACAAUGCAGCUACCACGCCAAGCCCACCCUGCAAAUGAGAGAGAAAAAGCGGAAACGGCAGCACAACAUCACUUCACGACAGACGAGGGAAGACCACACCAACCCUGAGGGAACAUUCCAGAAGAAAAGCUGCACCCAAUUUGGCCACCACCUCAUGCAAUACGUCCGACCACUGGAAGUACCAGUGAGCCAAGGGAUUUGAAAACUCAACUCCACCGUAUGGCCUCUCUUAGUUACCUAGAGUAUGUUUUACAAUUUACAUAUUUAAUCUUUAAUUAAUUAUUUUUAUUUAAGACAAAAUAGUAAAUAUUACAAUGUUAUGACCCUAAUAUAUGUAUCUUUGCCGUCACUUCAGUGGAGUAUAUUUCAAUUUUAGAUUAUUUGAAGAUAUCACUGCAAUGGUAUUUCACUCCAGUUUACUGAAAAACAAUAAAGUUAUGGAAUAAAUCUA